UAGUUCAAUUGUGUAAUAUUAAAUUCAAGGGAUGGAUAGAAGAAUUAACAAAUACGGGGGGAACAGUUAGGGAGCAGCAUCGUCCAUCGACCAUUUGGGCCACAACUUUUCCAGUCCAAUCCACGGCGGCCGGAUAUUGUUGCCAAGCGUCCAAUUGCAGUUCUCUCUCGCGCGGAAUCGCCUGAAACUCCCGACGACGCACAGAAUCCACCGAGAAUCGUCGUCGUCGUCGUCGUCGACGUCGACGGCAAUGGACCAAUCUUAUCCGCGCAAAAUGGAAUCGCCCCGUCCAGUUCUGCGCGCAUUCCGUCCCUUGCAUUCGAGUCUAAUCUAGUGCGGCCCCCUGCAAGCUGGCCUGACCUGCUCGGCUUUGCCUUCACCUCCCUUCCUCGUGAAUCUGGAAUUUGAUUUGAAUCGGAAUCCGGGUGCAGGCAUGGCUGGAUCGGAGCACGUUUGGCCUCGACGAUGGAGUGAUGCGUUCGUCGGGUUCUGAUUCUCCCUACGAGGCGGGCAAGAGGAUUAUGCGGCGAGCUGGGAUCGGAGAGAUUUGGCUCCGUGUGUAGUGUACCCGACUGCACGGCUCGGAGGAGGAGGAGGCGGGAGGACUGAUUUGCAUUCGAGUUGCUGGAGCUUGAUCACCGCUGCUCAGGAAGAGGUCGAGUUGUGAUGUUGUAGGCGGGCGGUGGAGAAUUUCCAGCAAUCCAGGAAUGCAAGAGGGCUCAGCUGCGAUUUGUUUUGGGUAGGAAGGAGGCAAUGAGUGCCGAUAGAAUACGACAUUGUGAUCGUGCAAUGGGAGUGCAUCGGCAGGCUGAGACCGUGGAGGCUGUCAUUUGAAGCACAGCCGGUGCUCAAUUUUUGUUGCUCCGCUCUUCAUGGCUUCUCACACGGGAUUCUCGUCGUUCCAGGCGUUCUGCGUCCUCGGGGAUUUGCCGAGAACGUUGACAAAUUCUUGCAAGCGAUUCUCGGGCCGCAGAAGGGCGGCGUGCUCAGCUGCUCUCGGGGACGUGGAAGUGUGGAAAUCCGUGGUUCAAAAUCAUUCUCUCAUCCUGCUUCCUGCUGCGGCGGCGGUCGUCCCGCUUCUGGAGACCAAUCGAGCCCGUCAGAAAUUCGGCCACUUCGUUUCCGAAUUGCGCAGCCUCUCAGGAGCUGCAGAGCGCAGAGCAUUCCGCUCAUUGCUGACCGUGCUCAUUCUGGCCAACGCUUUCUACUCCGACAUCGCUCCUCCGAAUGUGGUUGACACUUUUGAGAACGUUCCCCAAGACUUGUCAGGUGGGGAUAAACCCCGAAGAAUUCAAAGACCGAAAUCCAAAAAGGCCGAGGGCUGCACACAGAAGUGCUUGGGCACCUGUAUCAGAGGAGGAGCUGGGUCUCCGGGCGAGGGCCCUUUCAACGUCAGGAGGCCUAUGGUGGUCUUCAAGGAAGGAUUUCGCAGCAGGCAGUACUGUCUCAUCGAAUGCAGUGACAUUUGCAACCUGAUCGGGGAUGGUGACAGUGGCCCUUGAAUUCAUGUUGGGAUGCGAGAUUCUAGGAGAAGAUCCUAUCGGGAAACCACAUUCUUUUACAGCAGUCAGGAAGGUAGAGCAGUGUACUCGAUUGAUUUUCAUCGAGAGGGCUUAGCAAGAUUAGGUUGCUGCGGAGGGGAUAUGGAUCAGUCACCAGCCAUAAGUCAAAACUGAGUACUGUUUCCGGGACUUCAAAUAUCGCAGCAAGCUAGGUUCUUCCGGACGACAAUCACAGCGCGCGGCUAUGAUAUAAUCGUCCUUCUGUCAAAUUAUGCUUAGCAAUUGCUAGGACUGAUUGACACUGUAAAACUUCAUCCCGGACUCCCAGCUGCAGCUGGAUUUCAGGAUUCUCGCAGAGCGAGUACAAGUGUACAUUGUUGUUCCUUAAUCCCAAAUCUUUGUAAGUGAGAACGGGGAUUCGAUUUGCUCCGGAACUGUUCGACUAUCCAGUCAGG